GGGAGUCUGACAGGAGCAGCCAGUCUUACAUAGCACAGCCCAGGGAGAGCAGGCAGCCAGUUUGAGGGGGAGUCGGUCGGAUUACAGUAACCUAUAGAAGGCACUCUGGCCUCAGUGAGUGAGUGCUGCAGAGUUUAUGUGGAUCUCGAGUGUGAUAGUUUAGUACAGACAGACCACCCUCUGGUGCCUGCAGACACAGCACUUACUCUGCCUGGAUGUCACUGGGAACUGGAACUCUGGAGAGAUGUGGAUGUGACAUGUCCUGACUGUAGCUUCCUCCAGCCAAUAGCCUGGGCUCCCUUGUAUGCCUUCACCUGUGAGGACCCCUGCUGGGGUAUCACCGAUGGCUCUUAGGGAGUUUGGAUAUCAGAUGGAUGUUUCCCCUGUGUAGGCACACAUCACACAGGAGGUGAGUGGGUUGCCCUCAGGAUUUUGGAACCUGACAGAUGAUUCCUGGAUCACCAGCAACACGUGAGCUGGAUGUGGGUUCUCUGGUCAGGACGAUUUAUAUCCAUAUCAAGAGAGACCUCUGUUCCUGCGCGCAAUAUGCUGCCAGCAGCUCACCCAUCAGGGGCCCUGCGUGCUGACACUGACACAUCCCUUGUAAGGUGCUCUGCCUAUCUCACCAUGCACGAGUAGUGCCCUCUUAUCGCCCUCUUACACUAAUUGUCCUGUCCAGUUAUCUCUGGGAGUCCUUGUGGAUGGUGUUUGCUUUUGGAUCACCGGGAAGGAAAGAACUGAAGGACGCAACACUCAACGCUGAAGAACUUAUUGGGGAAAUCAUUACAAGGUUACUAUGCAAUUGCGACUGCUUUCCUUGUGUUUGAUCAUUGUGAACAUCUUGGAAUAUAUUGAGAGUCAACACGUCCCGAGAGGGAGGCGACAUCGGAGAAUGCAUCCCAAUGUCAGCCAGGGUUGCCCAGGGGGAUGUGCCACAUGUUCAGAUUACAAUGGCUGUAUGACAUGUAAGCCAAGACUGUUUUUUGCUCUUGUAAGGAACGGUAUGAAGCAAGUUGGGGUUUGUCUUUCCUCAUGUCCAAAUGGAUACUAUGGGAUACGUUCUCCAGGAGACAAUGAGUGUAAAAGAUGUAAAGCUGACUGUGAAACAUGUUUCAACAAAAGCUUCUGCACAAAAUGUAAAGGUGGAUUUUAUUUGCACAGUGGGAAGUGUCUCGACACAUGUCCAGAUGGGUUUGAGAACAAUAACCACAGCAUGGAAUGCAAUACUAUUGUGCAUUGUGUAGUCGGGGAGUGGAGUCCUUGGAGCCCCUGCACAAAGGGUGUAAAAACCUGUGGCUUUAGACGAGGGAAUGAAACAAGAACUCGUGAGACACUGAAAUAUUCAUCACCACGUGGCACACCUUGCCCACCAACAGCCGAGACAAGGAAAUGUAUAGUGCAGAAAAAGAAAUGCUCAAGACGAGCAAAAGGUAAAGAUGAAACAAAAAAGAAUAAGAAGAGAAUAAACAAAGGAGAUGUACCGAGUAAAGAAAGGCAGAAAAAACAGAACAAACUUCAGCGAGAAGAAGGAAAGCAAAGAGAAGUCAGGACCUAGGAGAUGGAAAAUGACGAAGACACAGCAAAACUCUUUCUUGUGUUCUUAUCAGUCAGGAAAGGCCUUGCACCUCUUUCACCGACUUUUGGUGCUGCUAUAUCAAUCACAUCCCCAGUUGACUAAACCUCUUUAUGGAAUGGGUAGUUCUCAUAAAGCAAAGGCCUAAACAACAUUCCAAGCUUCUCUCAUCCUUUCUGUGGAAUUACUGAUAAAGAAGGAGGCUAAAGAGAGACAGGGAUAUAAAAAGAAAGCCAAAAAGCUGGAAAGUGCUGUGCAGAUGCUUCAUAUUUGUAUGUUCUGUGCAUCUGUAAAAGACUAUUAAGACUGUAUUCUAUGUAAUUGUUAAUAGCAACAUCUUCCCCUAUUUUGUAAAGUAUUUUAAAGCUGUUUUUUUUCUCCAGAAAUAUAGGCAAAAUAUAUGCUGAAGUCUACAGCACCAUUUUUUCUAUUGCAUUUCUGUGGUUAAAUCGUAACAAACGAUAUACCAGCUGUAAACGUUGCUAAGAAAAUGCCAUAGCCGGUUAUAUAAUGGAUACCUCACCACACUUCCACUGUAGAAUUGGAAUUUUUUCAAAAUAUUUUUGUCUUUGGUUUCAGUCUAGUUACAGUAGUUUGACCUGAGUUUUAUCUGUAAUGACGCUGCUUCACAACUGUAACAAACUAUAUUUAGUCAGUGUUGGAGGAUAACAUGUCACUUAUAUGUCUAAUCGUAGGAACAAACUGCAACACUAAUCUCAAAGCAAAGCUGCUCUUUUUUGUAAAAUGGUUAGAUUUAUUUUAAUUUAUUAGCACUCACAUAUAUGACUGUUGACAUACUCAUAUUCCAGGUAAAAGAGUAUUGUUUUUAUCAUUUGACGGUUUGCUUGGGCACAGCCAGUGGACAAAUUGUGCGAUCGAAAUUAUCCAAUAUUCAGCUUAUGUUUUUAGGUCCAGAAUGGACCAUCAUUGGCAGUUACCUGGGCAGAAUGCCUAUCCCUGCUUUCCACCAGGUCCAUGCAAAAGUUGACAAUGAUGGCAUAUGUAGUAACUUUGGAAUGACUAUAGCUAUUUCCACAGUUUCUGAAGGUGGGUAAUAUAUAUACAGUCUGCGAUAUCAACCCCCAGCCUGGUGUGCUACAUAUGAUUGGUUAUAUGAGUGUAUGUGAACAAGAGCUGGCUUUAUAAUGUUACAAAGAAAUGCGAAACGUCCAGAAAUAACACUGGCCUUACCUAAUAUUCUUUUCCAUGGUGAAGAAAUGAAAAGAAAUACAAUAUGGUCAUGCAUUUUAGAGGAGCAGUUGGCAGUCAUAAAAAGCUUGUAGUGGUUAUUUCUGUGCAACCUUGGAAGAAAAUCCUGAAGGAAUUGUUAUUGUAGAGUGCUAGUAAUAUUGCUUAAUGUAUUGAACAUCAGAAUGGUUUCCAGACGGACGUGGUGUCCCAGACUUAAUUACAUUUGUGCUGGGCAGCUUGUUCUAUGCCUUUGCUUUAAUUUUUACUGCAAUAUUUUUCAUGCGUCUAUCUGCAUGUAAAAACAAAUAUUUUACUGAACAAGAUCUUUAAUCCUUGUUCUGUUGGGAGGGUCUUCAAAGCAUUGGUCUGCCUGUUGCUGUAGACUCCUCCAACAGCUUAGAUGUUUGGCUGUAAAGGGUAGAAGAGCUCAGCGAUACAAAGGAGUAAUAUAUCAUGGAAGCAUUGUGGGUUUUUCUCAGUCAUAUUAUCUUAUGGAAAAGCUCAUUUUAACUUUAUAAUCUGCUUUUCGAUCAGCAUGGAGGAUGAAGGGGCACAAUUUCAAUAAUGUGUGUAUCUAUUGAAAGAAAUUCCACUACAAUAAAUAUAUUUCUUGACAAGGUUCUGUUUAACAUA